AGGCUGGUGUCAGCUGAUUUACUGCAGCGGCGGCGGCGGCGGCGGCGGCACCUGGCAGCCCGGGUGGGCAGCCGGAGGCUGGGCUCGGCUGACUGUCCCGCAGGGUCCCCGAUCCGGGCUCGCCCACCCGCCGCAGCCCCCCGACUUCUGACUUCGCCCGGUGCUCCUGGGCUCGGGCGCCGGCGCGCGGAGCUGACACGCCAGAUCGCCGCGGGAGAUGAAGCUGUGACAGGUUUGAAGACACAAUGGCAGGAAACAGCCUUGUUCUACCCAUCAUCCUCUGGGGGCGCAAAGCUCCAACACACUGCAUCUCCUCAGUGCUGUUAACAGAUGACAGGGCCACCAUUGUCACUGGAUGCCACGAUGGACAGAUCUGUCUUUGGGAUCUCUCUGAGGACUUGGAAGUUAAUCCCCGAGCAUUGCUGUUUGGUCAUACCGCUUCAAUCACUUGUUUGUCUAAAGCUUGCGCUUCUGGUGAGAAACAGUAUAUUGUCAGUGCAUCUGAAAGUGGAGAGAUGUGUCUCUGGGAUGUGAGUGACGGCAGAUGUAUUGAAUUUACGAAGCUCGCCUGCACACACACUGGCAUACAGUUCUACCAGUUCUCUGUUGGGAGUCAGCGAGAAGGGAGGCUUUUAUGCCACGGCCAUUACCCUGAAAUCCUCGUGGUGGAUGCCACCAGCCUGGAGGUGUUAUACUCCUUGGUAUCGAAGAUUUCUCCAGACUGGAUCAGCUCCAUGAGCAUCAUCCGCUCCCACCGGACACAAGAGGACACGGUGGUAGCCCUCUCGGUGACGGGCAUCCUGAAGGUAUGGAUUGUCACCUCCGAAGUCAGUGGCAUGCAGGACACUGAGCCAAUAUUUGAGGAGGAAUCAAAACCAAUUUAUUGUCAGAAUUGCCAAAGCAUCUCUUUCUGUGCAUUCACGCAAAGAUCCCUUUUGGUUGUGUGCUCCAAAUAUUGGAGGGUGUUCGAUGCCGGCGACUACUCCCUCCUGUGCUCGGGGCCCAGCGAGGAUGGACAGACAUGGACGGGAGGUGACUUUGUGUCCGCAGACAAAGUGAUCAUCUGGACUGAACACGGGCAAAGUUAUGUUUACAAGCUACCUGCCAGUUGCCUUCCUGCGAGUGUCUCAUUCCGCAGCGACGUGGGGAAAGCGGUUGAGAAUUUGAUUCCUCCGGUACAACAUCGCCUCUUGGAUAGAACAGACAAAGAGCUGCUAAUUUGCCCUCCUGUUACUCGGUUCUUCUAUGGAGACAAGGAACCUGUCCAUAAACUAUUGAUCCAGGGCGAUUCUUCUGGAAGACUGAAUAUUUGGAGCCUCUCAGACACACCUGAUAAGCAGAAAGACGCAGCCUCCAAGGAACUGGAAGUCACCACCUCCAUCAGCUUGCAAGAGGCGUUCGACAAGCUCAGCCCGGUGCCCGCGGGCAUCAUCGACCAGCUGAGCGUGAUUCCCACGAGCCAGGAGCCCCUGAAGGUCACGGCGAGCGUGUACAUCCCCGCGCACGGCCGGCUGGUGUGCGGCCGGGAGGACGGCAGCAUCGUCAUCGUGCCCGCCACGCAGACGGCCAUCGUGCAGCUGCUGCAGGGCGAGCACAUGCUCCGCCGAGGUUGGCCGCCGCACAGGACGCUCCGUGGCCAUCGGAACAAAGUCACAUGUUUGCUAUAUCCUCAUCAGGUCUCAGCUCGUUAUGAUCAGAGAUACCUGGUGUCUGGAGGUGUGGAUUUUUCAGUCAUAAUUUGGGACAUAUUUUCCGGAGAAAUGAAGCAUAUCUUCUGUGUGCACGGGGGUGAGAUCACUCAGCUUCUCGUCCCGCCUGAAAACUGCAGCGCCAGAGUGCAGCACUGUGUCUGUUCCGUGGCCAGUGACCACUCAGUUGGGCUUCUGAGCUUACGAGAGAAAAAGUGCAUCAUGCUGGCCUCUCGCCACCUCUUCCCCAUCCAAGUCAUCAAGUGGCGGCCCUCCGAUGACUACCUGGUUGUGGGGUGCUCGGACGGCUCUGUGUACGUGUGGCAGAUGGACACUGGCGCCCUGGACCGCUGCGUCAUGGGCAUCACGGCCGUGGAGAUCCUGAACGCCUGCGACGAGGCCGUGCCCGCCGCCGUGGACUCGCUCAGCCACCCCGCGGUCAACCUCAAGCAGGCCAUGACCCGGCGGAGCCUGGCCGCGCUGAAGAACAUCGCGCACCACAAGCUGCAGACCCUGGCCACCAACCUGCUGGCCUCCGACUCGGCCGACAAGGGCAACUUACCUAAAUAUUCCCACAACUCCCUGAUGGUCCAAGCAAUCAAGACCAACCUGACGGACCCGGACAUCCACGUGCUGUUCUUCGACGUGGAAGCCCUGAUCAUUCAGCUGCUGACCGAGGAGGCCUCGCGGCCCAACACGGCGCUCAUCUCCCCCGAGACCCUGCAGAAGGCGCCGGGCGGUGCCGACAAGGGGGGCUCCUUCCUCACGGGCAAGCGCGCGGCCGCCGUGCUCUUCCAGCAGGUGAAGGAGACCAUCAAGGAGAACAUCAAGGAGCACCUGCUGGACGACGAGGACGAGGACGAGGAGCUGCAGCGGCAGAGGCGGGAGGAGAGCGACCCCGAGUACCGGGCCAGCAAGUCGAAGCCACUGACCCUGCUGGAGUACAACCUGACCAUGGACACCGCCAAGCUCUUCAUGUCCUGCCUGCACGCCUGGGGCCUCAACGCCGUGCUGGACGACGUGUGUCUCGAGCGCCUGGGCAUGCUGAAGCCCCACUGCACCGUGUCCUUCGGGCUCCUGUCCCGAGGGGGCCACAUGUCGCUGAUGCUCCCGGGCCACAACCAGGCGGCCCUCAGGCUGUCCUCGGAGGGCGUCGGGAAGGGCACGUACGGGGUGUCCCGCGCCGUCACCACCCAGCACCUCCUGUCCAUCAUCUCUCUGGCCAACACCUUGAUGAGCAUGACCAACGCCACUUUCAUUGGCGACCACAUGAAGAAGGGCCCCACCAGGCCACCUAGACCAAGCACCCCAGACCUAUCCAAGGGAAAGGGUUCCCCGUCAACUUCCAGUAACGUGGUGCAAGGACAGAUUAAACAAGUUGCCGCUCCUGUCGUUUCUGCGCGGUCUGACGCUGGUCCCUCUGGCCCCGACCCCGCUCCUACUCCUGCUUUACAUCCCUGUUUCUUAGUAAAUGAAGGCUGGAGCCAGCUGGCCGCCAUGCACUGCGUCAUGCUGCCCGACCUGUUGGGGCUGGACAGAUUCCGACCCCCGCUUCUGGAGAUGCUGGCGCGGAGAUGGCAGGACCGGUGCCUGGAGGUGAGAGAAGCCGCCCAGGCCCUGUUGCUUGCAGAGCUGAGGAGGAUCGAGCAGGCGGGACGGAAGGAAGCCAUCGAUGCUUGGGCCCCGUAUUUACCUCAGUACAUGGACCACGUCAUAUCACCUGGAGUCACAGCAGAAGCCUUGCAGACCAUGAGCACUGCGCCGGAUGCCGCAGGCCAGGAAGCCAAAGUGCAGGAGGAGGAGCAUGACCUGGUGGAUGAUGACAUCACCGCCGGUUGCUUGUCAAGUGUGCCGCAGAUGAAAAAGAUCUCCACAUCUUACGAGGAAAGAAGGAAGCAAGCUACGGCUAUCGUUUUACUCGGAGUAAUCGGAGCCGAAUUUGGCGCUGAGAUCGAACCUCCCAAACUGUUGACAAGGCCGCGAAGCUCCAGUCAGAUUCCAGAGGGCUUUGGUUUGACGAGCGGCGGGUCCAACUACUCGCUGGCCAGACAUACGUGCAAGGCGCUGACGUUCCUCCUGCUGCAGCCCCCGAGCCCCAAGCUGCCCCCGCACAGCACCAUCCGCAGGACCGCCAUCGACCUCAUCGGGCGCGGCUUCACCGUGUGGGAGCCCUACAUGGACGUGUCGGCCGUGCUCAUGGGGCUUCUGGAGCUCUGCGCGGACGCCGAGAAGCAGCUCGCCAACAUCACAAUGGGACUGCCUCUGAGCCCCGCGGCUGACUCUGCCCGCUCUGCCAGACACGCUCUGUCACUCAUCGCCACGGCCAGACCACCCGCCUUCAUCACCACCAUAGCCAGAGAGGUGCACAGACACACGGCCCUGGCUGCCAACACCCAGUCUCAGCAGAACAUCCACACCACGGCUCUCGCGAGAGCCAAGGGGGAGAUUCUGAGGGUCAUCGAGAUUCUCAUCGAAAAGAUGCCCACGGACGUCGUGGACCUGCUGGUGGAGGUCAUGGACAUCAUCAUGUAUUGCCUGGAAGGGUCGCUGGUGAAGAAGAAAGGUCUCCAGGAGUGUUUCCCUGCCAUCUGCAGGUUCUACAUGGUCAGCUAUUACGAGCGGAGUCACAGGAUAGCCGUUGGAGCUCGCCAUGGUUCAGUGGCCCUGUACGACAUCCGGACUGGGAAAUGUCAGACAAUCCAUGGACACAAGGGACCAAUCACUGCAGUGGCCUUUGCUCCCGAUGGACGGUACCUCGCCACCUACUCCAACACCGACAGCCACAUUUCUUUCUGGCAGAUGAACACGUCUCUGCUGGGCAGCAUCGGCAUGCUCAACUCGGCCCCGCAGCUGCGCUGCGUCAAGACCUACCAGGUGCCGCCCGUGCAGCCCGCGUCCCCCGGCUCCCACAACGCCCUGAAGCUGGCCCGGCUCAUCUGGACGUCCAACCGCAACGUCAUCCUGAUGGCCCACGACGGCAAGGAGCACCGCUUCAUGGUCUGAGGCCUGGCCCCCUCCGCACUGCGGCCGCCAGCGCCACCGCGUCUGCGUGUCCUUUCCUUCCGCGCGCGCGCCGGCCGUCCCCACCCUGCCGCCCCGCAACCCCCUUGCCCUGGACCAUCCGUAGCGGCCACCCGCGCACGCGCUCCGGGGGGGGCCUGCCCCGGGACGUGGCGGGGCUCCGUCCCUCCUGCAUUGCUCUCCAGGGCAGGUAGCGCUCACGCCACCCGUACCGUGCGCCUGGCAGCAGACGGUGGCCCGCGGGGUCACCAGGGGCCGAUUUUCCCUGUCCGAGAGGGAGGGGAAGCCCAGAGGGGCCAGGACCCUCCUGGUGCCCGGCGCGCCAGGAGCGUGAGCAUCAGCGAACACUGUGACCGUGGCCGGGCCUGCGUUUUCCUCCCCAGCGGGUCUCCUCUGAUGGGCCACUGGCCCCCCCGGCCGUUGGGACGUGGGGUCGAGGGACCCUGAUAACCGAGAUUCUUUUCCUCUCGCUGUUCUCCCACACGCUGUUGUUUACCAAAAGGAUUCUGUGUUUACAUGGUUCUUUUCUUCCAAGUGAUGCUCGUGUAGCCGCUCGACCUUCUUUCACAGCCACCCAGUAAGGAAUCGCCCCCCCACCCCCACUUCCCGAGAUUUUUUUCCCCGUGUGGAGAGUAUGGCUUCCCAAACACCCCGCCUUCCCAAAAAAAUGCUCAUGGUCUGCUUAAGUGCUAGUAUAGUUAAGUCGUUGAAAUUUCCUUUUUUUUUUUUUAUUUUAAAUCACAACUUAUGAUCUAGCUAUGAUAAGCGUCCGGUCACGAAGACUAAUCUCCCGAGCGGGCUUGUGGAAAACGAGCAUCUCUCCCCAGCGGCCGUGUUAGAAAACCAGUAACUAUUGCCCGAGCCGUGGGGGGGGGGGGGGCACGUCAGGCUGCAGGGGCGCUGAGGAAGUUGCUGGGAGGGUGUUCGUGGCCCUCGGAGUGAGCAGGCUCCAGGGAGCCUGUCCGCCAGGGUGGUUCUUAUUCAUUGUAAGAUGUGCAGAAGAGAGUAUUUCGUAUGAAUGCCCCUGACCAUCCUUGAUUUGUAUAUAGUGGGGGGAUUUGCUUGGUUCAUUGAUGAUGGGAUGAUGAGUUGGGCAGGAUGGUGUGUUAAAUGUGAAAAAAAAAAAGAUGACUUGUGACAUUCAUAGAAAAUGUGAAGCUUUCAAAGGAACUGAAAAGCAGAGAUUGUCAGAAUUUAUGUACUAAUACCCCCCUCCCCCAAAGUGGGAUUACAGUCCAGGAACAAAUACAUGUUAUUUCACUGAAACGGAUUUCUCAAGAACAUAUGAAGAAAUGAAGGCCCCUAGAAUGUCUCAUGUAGCUAUAGAUAGGAAGUGUUUUCUUUCCAUUGAUGGCAAACCUAUCCUAUUCCUUGGUUUUUUUGAAUUUGGGUGUUCUUCCAAAAGUGGAUUUGUGCCACUUGCAUGAACAUUGUAUUUAUAAAGAUUAUAUAUGUAGUUUUCCAGAAAGAACAAAGAACUGUACAGUGUAGACUUCGUCUGGGGAGCCUAUCCUUGUGUGUGCUACUACUGAUAGAGAACCCCGGGGUGAACAACGAUGUUCUUGUUACCAGGUGGGCAUCCAGACCCAGCCUUUGGAGGUCCAACACUUUAUUUGACGGACCUCACUGGGGACACAUUUAUUCUGGACAACACGGCCUUUUGAGAAUGAUAAAGUCAAUGUAUACUUUAGAUAUAUUUAAAAACAUGUUUGGUGCACAUGGAGAAAGAAAGACGUGGGCCAGGGGGCGGGCCAGCUCCGAGGCAGGCUGGGACGCCCAGAGAGGGCAGAGCAGCAGUGCCAGGACGAGUCCCGGCCAGCCUCUCGCAUGCACGUCCGGUCCCUGAUGCCUCGUCCGUCACUGGCCUGCUGAUGGUUGGGGUGCUGGAACCCUGGGGUGGGGGGCGGUUGCAGAUUAAGCUGUGGGCUCCUGUAACCACGGACCUUUCUCCCGUCUUGGCAACCACAGUGGCAAAUCUCAUGCCAGCUUAGGCUUCCCGACACGGAGGUAAACUUUGUCCACUCACCCUCACCUGCAGUCUUAGCGUUCUGUCGGUUUCCUUGCCGCUGUAUCCGAACGUGUCCUUGUAAAUGUGGAGACACACGUGGCUUUAUGGGUCGUUUAAAAGCAGAAGACAGGGUGGGGCACCCACAUGGAAAUGGAGCAAGCGUGCUCACGGUGUCCCGGCAGAUAUGAGGACGUCUGCCUCGAGACGUUUCUUGAUGAUCCAAUUUAAUAGAUCCUGUAAGUGUUGAAUGUCCCUGUGUACAUAUGUGUGUUAAAUAAAACCGAAUUGUACUGAC